AUGGUCGAUUUGAGUGAUAAAGAUCUUAAUGAUGUCCAUGAAACAUUCCUGCUUUUUGAUAGUAAAGGUGAUGAAAAAAUUGAUGCUAAAGAUGUCGGCGAGGUUGUACGUGCAUUGGGGUUAAAUCCAACCGAAUCAGACAUUGGAAAGUACGGUCAUCAAAAUAAUCCAAAUGAACGUAUCAGUUUUGAAUCUUUCGUCCCUAUUUAUCAUGGCCUAUUAAAAGAACAGGUGGAAGUUGACCAAGAAGCGUUUAUUGAGUCAUUUCGUGUCUUUGAUAAAGAAGAUAAUGGAUUUAUUAGUGCAGCUGAACUUAGACAUUUGCUUACAGCUCUCGGUGAAAAACUUCGUGAUGAUGAAGUAGAUAUCUUAUUAGCUGGCUUGGAAAACAGUCAAGGUCUUGUACCAUAUCAAGCAUUUGUACAACGUAUAAUGAAUUGA